AUGGAUAUUUGUACCUUAUGUUUGUUUGCUUGCUUUAUUCUGUGGAAUAAUUGUGUCGGUGUUAAUGCCGUAGGAACCCCCAAGUGUGCUUCCAUUACAAAGACUGUAGCAACAUGCUCUCAUCUGAACCUCACCUCUGUACCUCGGUCCCUACCAAACACCUUAGAAGUACUGGACCUGUCAUAUAACAACCUAACAAUUCUUCACAAUGAGUCCUUGGAAGGGUACAUCCUCCUUCGGAUUCUGAAUAUCUCUCACAAUUUCAUCCAUGUCGUCGACAGCGGCACUUUUACAAAACUCAGCAGACUUGAGAAGAUCAUUUUGAACAACAAUGCUUUAAGAAAUGUCUCUGAAAAUCUGUUUGUGAACAGUCCAGGCAUUUUAACUUUGAUUCUUUCUCACAACAAUUUCUGGAAAAUUCCACAUCUGAACGGUCUUUGUGAUGAUACAUCUUGGACAGGGAGGACAGGAUUGUCCAAGUUGAGAAAUAUAACCUUGAUUGACUUCUCACACAACGGAUUGACAUCAAUAGAAGAAACAAACUUCGAAUCUUUCAGUAACUGCUCCAUUUAUCAAUUCAACUUGGGGGACAACGAGUUGACGCAUUUCCCAAAGAGAGUGUUUUCACGGUUCUCUUGGAUCGAAAAACUUGACGCGAGUCAUAUAAACCUUGGAAAAUUUCAGGUUUCUUCCUUCUUAGGAAUCAAGAAUACAAGAUUAUCAGUCCAAAGAUCACAGAUUGUUUCCAUCAUUCCUUUGAAUGAUUCUACUAAUGUUUCAAGUGAACAGUUUCCCAAAACUAAAAUAUUAAAUUUGAGAUAUAACAACAUUGAAAAGAUCCCUGAUUUUGCCUUCUUGGGAUUCAAGUACCUGGAGUUCCUUGCUCUUAGUACAAACAGAAUAUAUGAUAUGUCAAACAAAUCUUUCUGUGGAAUGAGAAUGCUGGAAGUAUUGCAUUUGACUCAAAACAAGAUCAAAGGUCUUCUGCAUGGGGCUUUCACUUGUCUUGGAAAUUUGAAAUAUAUCGGCUUGGCAAGAAAUAGCUUGUACACCCUAGAUCCUGCAUGGUUUGCAGGUUGCACAUCACUCAGAAAAGUGGAUCUAUUCAGAAGCAACAUUAAUGAAAUAGAACAUAGUUCCUGGAACACCACACAUUUGCAGAUACUUAACUUGUCAUUUAAUAAUCUAUAUUCUAUUGUGAGACUCAUGUUUACGGGCCUGUCUCGCUUGAAGAUUUUGAGACUGGAAGGGAAUAGCCAACUGAACAACAUUGCCAAUGACACUUUUAGAGAGAUGACAGCUCUCACUACUCUUACAAUGGAGGAUAUUGGCGGGUUUUUUCUGGAUGAAACUCUUGCAGAGAUGAGGAAUCUUGUCUUCUUGGACUGUUCUUACAUUUCUUAUGGGGUAAAGUUUGCUUCCAUGCAUCAGUUUACACACACACCUGCAUUGAAAAUUUUAAAUGUGUCUCACUCAAAUAUUGAAUAUCAUGAUUUGGUGAACAAGGAAACGAAAGAAUCGUUAUUCGAUGGGUUGAUAUCACUCCACACUCUCAGAUUGAGCGGGAAUAACCUCUUGGUGACUUUGCCCAACGUGUCCUGGAUGUUUUCUCCUCUACAGCAGAUGAAGUUACUUGACCUAACUUUUUGUUCAUUGGCUACAAUCACAUCACUGGUUCUCAAGAAUUUGACUGGACUGGAAGAGCUCAGGCUAAAUUCCAAUAAAAUUGUGAAUAUUUCUAAACAUGCAUUCCAGAAUUUGCACCAUCUGCAUGAUCUGCUUCUCCAAUACAACAGGAUAAGAUCAAUAGAUAAGGACUUGUUCAAAGGCACAAGAAAUCUAAAACGACUCUACCUACAUAACAAUCAGAUAUUUACAAUCACAGCCGAUAUGACUAUGCCGCCCUCUUUGAUCAGUCUAGUAAUUUCAGGAAAUCCAUUCACCUGUAACUGUCAGCUGUCUUGGUUUAUGAAUUGGCUUCGUACCACCAAUGUGUCUUUGGAACAUGAGGAAGAAAUUCUCUGUUCUAGUAAUUCAUUCAGUGGGCUUCAUAACAAGCCAGUUUGGUCAUUUCAUCCAGAAGAAUACUGCGACAUCAACACCAUCCUAGUUUCUGGCGUCAGUAUUGUCCUUGUAGUAGUCGCCUUUCUUUGUCUCGUGGUGUAUUACAAGCGCUGGUGGUUCAACCACAAGAUGUUUCUUCUAAAACUAGCCGUCAUUGGCUAUGAUGAAAUCACAGACGAUGCUGAUCCAGAUGACUAUGAAUUGCAGCUUAACAUCAUGUUCCAUGAUAAUCAUACCCAGUGGGUUAAUGAAAUCUUGAGACCUGCACUUGAAGAAAGGAUGCCUCAUCUGCAGAAAGUAGCCUUUGGAGAUGAAGCCCUUCAUCCAGGGAUGUACUAUCUCAACGCCUUAUAUCAUAAUCUUGAUAACAGCUUCAAGACAGCAUUGUUGAUAAGUAACGAGUCAGUGGAUGAUGCUUGGUUCAUGACCAAGCUACGGAUGGCCGUUGAGCAUGUGAACGACACCAAGUUAGACAAGAUCAUCUUGAUAUUCAUGGAAGACAUCCAGGAAGCAAGUUUACCAUAUCUUGUAAGACUCUUGCUAAGUAGGAACAAACCUUAUUUGUUAGUCACAGAAGAUGAAGAUGGUCAAGAGUUGUUUUGGGCUCAGUUUAAAAAAGAAAUGAGGGCAAACAAGGUUAUCAACAGUGUUAUUCCAAUAUAAACAUUCAAGAUUUCAAUGAGUUGCUGUAGAUAUUGGGUUCCUGAAGGGCUUGUGCUUGGUUCCAAUUUGUUUUAUGUUUAUUCAGCAUUUAGAAUUGAAUUGAAUUUAUUUCAUUUCAUUUCAUAUCUUUACUUUUUUAUACGCCCGUCCUAGACGGGACGUAUUAUGGUAUCACGCUCGGUGUCCGUCCGUCCGCUAACUUUUCCUUGUAAACGCAAUAACUUCAGUUUAACUUAAGCUAGGCUCAAAUAAUUUGAUGUUUGAUACUAGCAUGGAUCCCAGGAAGCCUACUGAUUUUUA